UAAUCACAGCACACAAUCGGCACCUGUUGGACUGCUGCGCGUUGGAACAACGCACUCUGGCACUUCGAUUAUUAUCAUAUUCAACGACCUGUGAUACACCGUUACAGAUAGAUAUAGCAUAUAAUUACUAUAUUUAAGUCGAAGGGUCGUCUCAGCUCGGAUUCAAUCCGGUCGUAGUGCUCGAGAUGGAGAAAAGUGUUGUUCGCGGCGCCAAGUUAGUCGCUUUGUUACUCAGUGUCGUGGUUGGGGCAGAAAGUGGACCUGCUGAUCCACCAAUUUACAAAUAUGACAACUACGAAAUGUGUAAAGCGAUGUACGAUCCGGGAGCAACGUUCUGCAUCGCAAAAGUUAAUCUCGGAUAUAAUCCAGUUUCAAAUCAGGUUGCAGUCAAGAGUCAACCGAAUCUCCUGAUUUGGUCAGUAUGCGUCCAGGACUGUGAACAGGAGAUGCUAUCCCUGAGUCAAUGUGAAAGGCUACAAUUUAACUACACAAAAGUGAAGACUACUGAAGCUUCCUUAGGAGAACUUACUCAUGGGUUAGAAAAUCUCAUUACUAGCUGUAUUGCCAAUCGUUUACAUAGACAGCACAAUGCAUCCGGAAGCGUCCAUGUAGAGUAUUGUGAGACGACUGACGUAAUAUCCCAUUGGGUGGAAUUGCUGUUUCUAAGCACAUGUGCAGGCAUCAUUGGACUGACAGUGUAUUCAUCAUUGAUGAAGGAUAGGGAAAAUUCUGAAGAUUCUACUCGCGAACUGGUACAGGCCUUUUCCAUACAACGAUCUUGGAAAAACUUCUGGCAUCUUCCGACCAGCAAAACCCACCAGGACUUCCGAUACAUCGAAGGUGUUCGAGUUCUGACCUGUCUAACGAUCGUGUUCAUGCACACCCGCUAUGAACCACUCAUGCUGCCAACCUCCGAUCCUGAAGGUCUACAGCUAUCAGUCUUGGGAAGAUUGGGAAACAUCAUGACCCCAACAGUUGUACAGGUGUUCUUCACCAUGAGCGGCCUACUGAUGGCGGUAAACUUCUUGCCGGAAGCGAAUAGGCAGUCGAACUUCGAGUGGAGAUUCCUAAAGAACAAGGUGAUAAACCGUCUGAUCCGAUUUUUGCCGGUUUAUGUGCUGUGGAUGCUGUUCACCGCCUCGGUGUACGGGAAACUUAGUAGCGGUCCAAUGGCCUAUCAUACGCUGAAGGCCCACAGCCUACCGUGCCGUAACCAUUGGUGGACCAAUGUGCUAUUCGUGAAUAACCUUCCAAUCCUUGAUGACUUCUGCAUGAUUCAUGCGUGGUACUUGGGAGCCGACAUGCAGAUGUUUGUAGCCGCUCUAGGAUUGCUAACAUUGAUGUGGUGGUUCCCUAAUGCUGUUCAUAGGAUAUUGGCGAUCGCAACUUUGGGAACUGUCAUCAUUCUGAUAUCAGUGUCUUAUCAUUACGCAUUGGACCCGAUAUUCCGAUUUGGACUCAAUCAGAUACUGAGUGGACUUAUGAUGUUUAGAUGGUUACGUUUGCUGUACAUGCCAGGUUAUACGAAUCUCGGUUCAUAUCUCAGUGGAAUCAUAGCUGGAUAUGCGUAUGUUUCCAUCACCAACGGCGGAUACGAUUUCCGUGACACUAAAAUCUACAAAAUCAUUAGAGCUCUAUCCACCUCUCUAGCAAUAGCCGUGCCUCUGACAUCUCUGGCUUUCAUCAACGUGUCCUACGACCUUCAGCCUUCCAUCUGGAUGGCACUGGCAACCGUGAUCGCUCGAUCUUACGUUCCAUUUUUCGUCUCGGUCCGCUUUAUAGAGGAGAUCGCACGUCCUGCUGGCCGCCUACGAACACUACUCAGCAAAUCCGCAUUCUGCUUUCUGGGAAAGCUGUGCUACAUUGUCUACAUCGUUCACUACAGCAUCAUCAAGAUCCUGUACAGCCGAGACGAUCCAAAUGGGACAGUAGAUGAUGUCCGGAAUAUAGAAAGAUUCGUGGUUGCCACAGUGAUGUCAUUUGCUGUGGCAUUCGUAAUUUAUCUGCUAGUGGAACAACCCAUGGGAAUGUUCCUAAAGGCAAAACUUAUUAGGAUACGAAAGACAGAUAAGAUGCAAUAAAGUGUAAUGUAACUCUCUAUAACCUUGCAGUACUAUGGUCUGUCCAUCCAUGUUAAUCAGA